UCCGUCCGUCGCAGUCUCCCACUCACAGCUAGCAGCCACCCACAGAGAACAAGAGCAAAAUCGAAACCACUCUGUAGUGUUCACGCGAGAGAUCUAGAGAAGAAGAUAAAGGAGGGACAAAUCCGUGUGUUUCAUUCAUCAUGAGGCCGGUGAGAGAAGGCGCGGCGGCUCUGGUAGGCGUCGGCGGCGGGGAGGCGGCGUCGGCAGCGGCGGGGCACGCGCACCCGGGGCUGUGGAGGACGCCGACGCCGUACCUCUUCCUCGGCUUCGCGCUCAUGAUGGGCCUCAUCGCGGUGGCGCUGCUCGUGCUCCUCUGCACGCGCCGCAAGCCCUCCGGCUCAUCGCGGCGCGGGAGCGGCGCCACGGCGGAGUCAGCGUCGGCGCGGGGAACGAAGAUGGCGCCGCUCGACCGGGAGCCAAAGGUGGUCGUCAUCAUGGCUGGGGACCAGAUGCCAUCUUUCAUCGCCAGCGCCAGGCCCUUCGCUUUCGGUUUCGCCACCGUCGCAGAUGCCGGCGAGCAGCGCAAGGCGGAGGUGGCGUAGGAGCGUCGCGCCGCGCCGCGUGCCCGUGAGGGACACGCGGGACCAAUUUUGCUCGUGAGGUUUCUAGGAAAGAUUACCCCUGCGAAAUUUUGUCUCUAAUGGUAGGAAGCAGGGACGAUGAAGUUCUCUAGUUUUGAGUUUCUUGGUGAGGUAGCGAGCGUGAUGCAUGCCAGCGCUCGGCAGCGUCGAGAUCUGCGAUUGUGAAAUCGAAUGAAGUUUUUUGCUUGCAUCUUCUUCUUCAAUAAAUGCCUGAUGCCUGCUCUGCUGACCUCCAGUCCGUUUCGAUCAUUUUUUGCUUCAAGUUUCUGAUUAAUUCGUGACUAAAAGCAUUAACCACCUAGCUCCAGAUUGAUCUGCUAUGCUAACACGGAAAAGUUUGUGCGAUAUGACA